AUGCCCAAGACAAAAGAUUAUCAAAGUCCAUGUAUCAGUUGUAAAUUAAGAAGAACUAGGUGUGAUAGGAAAUCUCCCAUAUGUUCAAGUUGUGCAAGCAUAAAUUUACCACAAGAACUAUGUCAUUAUAAAGAUUUCAAGAUUAAUUUAAAAGAUAAGAAUUCAAAAGAGACUUUAAAUAUCUUGAAACAGGAGAAUGAAGAAUUGAAAAAAGAAUUGGAAGAAUUGAAGAAUGAAACUACUAAAAAAGUUCAAAUAUCCACAAGUUUCAAAUUACAUCAUGGUUCUUCAUCAUGGGCAUCUCCAUUAACUUCCCAACCACAAUUUGAAAAUGUUGUUGAUGAUAUAAUACCCAAGAUUAAAAAUGAAUUAAAUAAUCAAACUGAAAUUCGUAAAAUGAUGAUGAAUUUAUUGGAAACAAAUGAAUCAAUCAAUUUAAUUAAAGAAAGAAUAAAUAGAUUGAAAAUUGGGCUAGAUACAUUAGAGGAUUAUUCAUUAUUAGAAGAUUCAAUUAAAGUUAUUGAAAAAGCAUUACCAAAUUAUGAAUAUAUCACCAAAUCAUUUAAGAAUUUUUUCAAAUUUGGUACAAGUUAUGGAACAUUCAUGAAUAUCAAUUAUGAUUCAUUCUGGUUGAAAUAUUAUAAACUUUUCUCGGAAGACACCAAGACUGGAUUUAUUCAGAUUAAUUCAUCAUUAAAAUUCCCACGGGACCUUGAUCAAGUGACAUUCUUAGUUCUAUUCUUAGCAUUCUUGAUAUAUAUUAUAUUUGCACAUCUUCAUCAUACAAAAAAUCCAUUAGAUAAAUCAGAUAUCAAAACCAAUCCAAUAAUCUUGACAGAAUAUUGUAAAAUUUUAUCAAAUGUCUUGAUAUUAUACAUAAAUUUUGAACCAAAUCAUGAAAAUCUAAACAAGAUUUUAAAUUUGGAUCAUCUUCAAGGGAUUGUACAAAUUAAUGUAUUUGAUACCUUCUCCACGGGGAAUAAAUUUAGUGAAUUAAUUGCAAAUCCUAAAGGUGCUGGAGGGAUUUUAAAUAAUUGGAAAGUUAUUAAUAUUGCCAAAAUGAUGAAAUUAAAUGAAGAUAUUGAUCUUGUUUAUGCUCAUAAGGAUGCUGAAUAUAGACAAGGUUUGAAACAAAUUUGGUAUUAUCUUAGCUUUGUCAAUUUAGCAUUUUCUUUAGAAGUUGGUAUGAUGGGUAAAAUUAAACCAGAAGAGAUUAGGUUAUAUUCAAGUUUAAGUGAUAAUAAUUUACCAAGAUCUUUGAAAAUUUUAAAUAAAGUUUGUUAUGAUUUUGAAUUUAUUGAAAUUAAUUCAAUUAAUUUCCAAGAGAUUCAUGAUUUUUUCAUUUAUCCAAUUCAUAAUUUAAUGGAAUUGGAAUUUACACCUUUGAUUGGUAAAAUUAAUCAAUUGAAUGGAUAUGAUUUAAAUAACCCUGAGGAAUGUUAUGGGUUUAGAGAAAUUGCAUCAGAAUUCUCGAUUCAUAUUUUGGCCAUAAAUGCUCUGACCUCAAUAUAUUCAUUCUGUGAAAGGAAAUCCAAGUUGGAAUCAAAUGAAUUGGGUGUACAAAAAUAUAAAUUAUUAAAAUUGAAAACAAUGAUUUUAUUAAUUAAUAUUGGAUCAUUAAUUUUCCAAAGUUAUCAAAGAUUUAUGAAUCAUCCAGACGCAUAUUCUUAUUCGCCAUUAUUAACUUUAUUACAUUUAUAUAUUAGAAUUAGAAGAACUUUUAGAAGAGUUGGUAUUAGUAUCUCAUCACAAGUUUUCCAAAAUUUGAAAAAAUUGAAAAGAGAUGAGAUUGAUGAAAUCUUAACAAUGAAUGAUGAAGAGAUGAACAGAUUGGUUGAUAAUAUAAUAGAAGAAACUGGUUAUGAUUAUGAUGAGCUAAAUGUUGAAGAUUUAGAAAAUUGGUCAAUUGAAGGAAAUUCUAUUGAGAUGGAAAGGAAAUUUCAAAUUUUAAAUGAUGAUGAAUAUCUAUUGAUUUCAAUAAUUAUGAAUCUUCAAAAAGUUUUCAAAUCAUUUGAAACACCAAAUUAUAAUUUAGAAUUUUUCAAAAAUAAUACAACAUUUAGAUUUUUCUUUAAAAUAACAAGAACUUUGUUAAUUCUAAUACAUAAAGUGAAUUCAAAUGAUACCCAAAAACAAGUUGAACCAACUAGUCGUGAAAGACAAAAAUCCAGAGAAUUAGAAUUCAACUUUGGUGAAUUUUUCCAAAAGGCAUUUGAAACUACACAAUAUGGAUUUAUUGAUCCCGUGGAGAUUCAAAAAGAGUAUGAUUCAUCAAUGAAUAUGAAACUUGAUGAUAAAGUUAAUGGAUAUUGUAAAACUUUUGAUUAA